AUGGAGGCGGGCAGCGCGCGACGCCCUAUCUGCGGCGGCAGGCCGGCGGCGGCGACGCGGCGGCGCGCAUGCGCCCUGGCGAUAGCCGCGCCACAAUUAGGCGGUGCCUCGCAUUGUGGCGACCCCGGGCCUGCCGGCCUGCGCGCCGAUUGUUUUGGCGGCGCGCCGCCCUCGGAAGAAGCGGCCGCGCUUUGUGCUAUCUCGCCGCCCGCACCUGCUCGCAAAUGGGCACGCGGUCUCGGUGCACCGGGGGGGCCCGGCAGCCAGCCAGCCGUGCCGCGCGGCCUAUGCCUGUGGCCGCGGCCGUGCCCGCGCGGUAUCUCGCGGCCGGCGCAGCACGGCGCUAUCUGCGGCGAUAAGGCGGCGCAGAUAGAGCUCGUAGCGGCCGCUUUAAGCGCUCUUCCUGGGAAGCCGGGCCCGGCCGCCGCCACUGACCACGCGCGCGCCGCGUGA